UUCGAACAAAAAUCGAACGAAGUCUCACUUUUAUUGUGAACCGAAGAACCCCGAACCGAAGUGGACUAUUCAUUAUCGUGAGUCUCUUUAAAAAGGAAUGUGAUCUAAAGUAUAUCGUUUUCCAGUCGCCGCAAUGGCGAGUUUAGGGACUACGGUGGAACCAGUUGCCCAAAAUAUGACAGAACAAGUAGCGAGUGAAGAGCCAGAGGAACAGAAAGAAGGGGCCAGUCUUGAGAGUUUGGAGGCCGCUAUUGAAAUACUUUCAACCGAAGUGCUCGCGGCUUUUUUGCCCGAAAUGGACGAGGCCAAGGAGAAAAUUAACGAGCUGACGCAAAACCAGGGAAUUCUUAUUGAAACUAUGCAACAGGAAAAUGCCAAGUUUGCAGAGAGUCAAGAAGCUAAAGCUCUGGCAGAAAUCUUGUCUCAAGUACGGGCAUAUCAUAUCAAGUUGAACAAAAUCAAGCAUGAGAUGUCAUCAAUCAACGAAAGAGUUGCAAGAUUAAAGCGAAGAGCUCAGAAACUCAAGAGUCAAAAAGAGAAGGAAGAGAAGAGCAAAUUAGAGGCUCAGCAACGAGAGCUGGAACUAGAGAGAGAAUUGACUGCAAAGAUAGCAACUGAACCUAAAUAGCUUUUACAGCAUAGGAUGAUAAUCAAUUUUAAUCAAUUGGAAUGCCACUAUCAGAGGCUUAGACUGAGGGGGGGGGGGGGUACUGGGCUCACCCUCCCCCCUUCAUAAUUAUAAUAUCAUAUAAUUUUUUAUUAUAAUUUUGAAAGCCAUUUAAUUUCAAACCACCAAGCAACUAUUACUUUCGGAAAGGAAAUGGGGGUGUUUUUCUAACUGUUUAUGAUGCCAUGCUUGGAUUGUACAAGGGGUCUAUAUAUGAAAUGUCUAUGUAAGAGUACUCUAUUGCCAUUUAAAAAGAAAUAAUUAUUCAUUUUAUAAAGAAUUGUUUUAAACAAGGUCUUUUUUAUUAUUUGGGUCAGUCAUUCAAUAGAAAAAUGUUAGAAAUAGAAUCAAUAAAUGGUACGACUCAGUGAA